AUGAGUGAAUGGCGCAGUACAUGGGAGGGUGCCUGGGGUAGAGGGUUAGCUGGAACGGAUACGCCGGUACUGACAAGGCCGGAUUGGAGUGCCAUGCUGCUUGCCAGGGCCAUGGAGGUGUUGGAGUAUUUCAUUGGGAUGCUAGGUGAGCAUUUGGUAUUUGAACUUACUGCGUUUGCGAAUGGAAUUCAUGGUAAGCUUAUGGCUUUGCGGUUGAGAUGGGGAGACGGCACUCUUAAUUGUUCCCUCGCUCUAUGCCACCAAGAUGAAUCCACCGUUUAUCCCGCCAAUGCUGUUUACCCUACCAAAAAAAUUUGCUCGCAGUCCGCAUUUCACGCCUCCCCAAAUCAUCUCUACCCCUUCAUUCACCGUGAUGUGAGGCCGGGCAACUUAAUCCCUCUCCCUCCUGACCACAUCACUAGUGAACGAACUUCAAAGUACAUGAUCUUCAAAGUACAUGAUGUGAGGCCGGGCAACUUAAUCCCUCUACCUCCUGACCACAUCACUGGUGUACUUCGGAAGCAAUACGUGCCGCUAGAUAGAGUGCAACCAACUCAAUCCACCUAUCCAAUCGAACUAGGGUUGUUGGAGAACAGGACUGUGUCCAUUCCGCUAGUUGAUAAUAUUGUUACAGUAACCAAUUUCUUUUGGAUUUAUAUAGGCGUUGAAGAAAGAAGUUUGAAAGAUUUGGGUGUAAACAAGCCAAAAAUCCCGAGGAUUCCUUCACACUCAGCCUGUCAGUUUUUGCCACCUGCAAACGACUUCAGGCCCUUUGGUAGGAGCAUAUUCGCACGAUCCGCCGCCUUCACCUUGUUGCUCAACACCACCAUAUUCUCGUCUUUAAGCAAAAGUCCCAAUUUCGGUGUUUUUGGCCUGCAUGAUGGUGGAGGCCGCUGUAAUGCGAUCCAUUUCCCAUAUUGGAAAUCAUAUUCAGAAGCCCGUCACAAAGGCCUGACGGCACAUGCUCGCAACCUUCCAAACCAGAACUAUAUGAGAUCACUAUCUCACAUCUUUCUCACCCUUUACUUCCGUUUAGUGCAUGAGAUGCUGUUUUAUCUUGUGUUUGUGAACUCACGACAAGUAUCCUCGCUUCACUGCAGAGGGAAAAUUUGA